GUUUCGUCCACGACAAUUUCCCUACUCCUUCCACAGAAAACCCCCCCUUCCUCCUCGGCUCCUCCGCGACCCCCGCUCCCGUCGCCGCACGCCAACCCGGCCGCCCCGUCGUCUCCGUCACCAGGCUGUCGUGUCGCCGGCGCCGACGGGGCUCCCGUAGCCCCAGCAGGUGGAGGGCAUGGCAUCCCCCUCAGGAGCGGAUGCGGACCCGCAGUUCGUGAUGCUACGAACCGCUAUGCGCGAAAAGAUAUUUGAGUAUCUAGGAAGGAAACAAUCAUUGUUGCCCGAGUGGCGGAGGCGGUUGCCGGAACUGGCAAAGCGGCUUGAGGAGGUCUUGUAUAGAAAAUUCCCAAACAAGAAUGACUACUACAAUAUGAUGAAGGGGCCAAUUGAACCGCAUUUGCAGUUUGCUCUCAGGACACUGAGCGCUCAGAACCAGCAAAUUCAACAGAACCUACAAAACUCUAGGGAGACAACAUCUUCAUCUGGCACAAUGAUUCCGGUUGUGAACCAUGAUGCUCUCUGUGAGCAGUCUGCAUCCCUCCUGGCAGAUACACAGAACAAUAAUGCUGAUGAGCGUGACAGAACUGAUAGGGGGCUCCCGCAGCACCAGUCAAUGGUGGACAUGGCAGCCCUCUCAGGAGUGGACCAGCAGUUUGUAAUGCAACGGACCGCUAUGCGCGAAAAGAUAUUCGAGUAUAUAGGAAGGAAACAAUCAUCGCAUGAGUGGCGGAAGCGGUUGCCAGAACUGGCAAAGCGGCUCGAGGAGAUCUUGCAUAGAAAAUUCCCAAACAAGAAUGACUACUACAAUAUGAUGAAGGGACCAAUUGAGCCACAUUUGCAGUUUGCUAUCAGGACACUGAGCAGUCAGAACCAGCAAAGUCAACAGAACCUACAAAAGGCUAGGGAGACAGCAUCUUCAUCCGGCAGCGCAAUAACUCCGGAUGUGAACCAUGAUGAUGGCUGUGAGCAAUUUGCAUCCCCCCUGGCUGAUGCAGAACAAAAAUGCUAAUGAGCAUGUCAUGAGUGGUGAAAUUCUAAUGACUACUAUGCUAUGAUGGAGGGAGUGAUAUAAGUACAGCUCAGUGUCAGGAUCACUUUCAGUUAAGCACGAGAUCUGAAUCAGCUGAAGAAGAUUGGAUAUCUGAAGUAGGCGUUUGUUUGCAGGAAGAUGUAUUGCUUGUAGGAAUGCAAUGUUUAUCUUCGUCGUGUUCAACUUGGCUAAAUAUGAGAACCUAAUUCCUGAAUUGGUGUUGCCUGAUAACGAUAUUUAACUUGGCAUAGUUUGCUAUUUAAUGUCCUGCCUCGUUGUUGUAAAUACAUGAUUUUUUCUUAUCUUUUUAGAGCUCAACAAUUUUUGCGCC